AUGCCUGUGACAAAGAGUGCUGAAGGUCCCCAGGGAGCCGAUGCCCUCAAACUGGAUGUCAUGCCGUCCCCCACAAGUGCCAAACACCUUCAGAACAAGGACUCCAGCUGUGUGGAUGGAAACUCCUCAGAGUCACCCGGCUUGGAGAAGACCAAGGGCAUAACAGACUUCCAGACCUUGAUUCACCUGCUGAAAGGCAACAUGGGCACAGGCAUCCUGGGACUACCCCUGGCUGUGAAGAAUGCAGGCAUCCUGAUGGGCCCCCUCAGUCUGCUGGUGAUGGGCUUCGUCGCGUGCCAUUGUAUGCACAUCCUGGUCAGGUGCGCCCAGCACUUCUGCCACAGGCUUAACAAGCCCUUCAUGGACUAUGGGGACACAGUGAUGCAUGGGCUAGAAGCCAGCCCCAGUGCCUGGCUCCGUGACCACGCCCAGUGGGGAAGGCAUAUUGUGAGCUUCUUCCUUAUCGUCACCCAGCUGGGCUUCUGCUGUGUGUACAUUGUGUUUCUCGCCGAUAAUCUGAAGCAGGUAGUGGAAGCUGUUAACAGCACAACCAACAACUGUCACUACAAUGAGACGGUGGUCCUGACGCCCACCGUGGACUCGCGGCUCUACAUGCUUGCCUUCCUGCCCUUCCUGGUGCUGCUGGUUUUCAUCCGUAACCUACGCAUCCUGACCAUCUUCUCCCUGCUGGCCAACAUCUCCAUGCUGGUCAGCCUGGUCAUCCUCACCCAGUUCAUCGCCCAGGAAAUUCCUGACCCUAGCCGGUUGCCACUAGUAGCAAGCUGGAAGACCUACCCUCUCUUCUUUGGAACAGCCAUUUUCUCAUUUGAAAGCAUUGGUGUGGUUCUGCCCCUGGAAAACAAGAUGAAGGAUGCUCGCCAUUUCCCGGCCAUGCUGUCUUUGGGAAUGUCCAUCAUCACCGCCAUGUACACCGGCGUUGGAGCUCUAGGCUACCUGCGUUUUGGAGAUGACAUCAAGGCCAGCAUAACCCUUAACCUGCCCAACUGCUGGCUGUACCAGUCAGUGAAGCUCCUCUACAUCGUCGGCAUCCUGUGCACCUACGCCCUGCAGUUCUUUGUCCCUGCAGAAAUCAUCAUCCCCUUCGCCGUCUCCCAGGUGUCAAAGCGUUGGGCAUUGCCUCUGGACCUGUCCAUCCGCCUGGCCAUGGUCUUCCUGACAGGCAUCUUGGCCAUCCUCGUCCCCCGCCUGGACCUGGUCCUCUCCCUGGUGGGCUCCGUGAGCAGCAGCGCCCUGGCCCUCAUCAUCCCGCCCCUCCUGGAGAUCACCACCUACUACUCGGAGGGCAUGAGUCCCCUCGCCAUCAUCAAGGAUGCCCUGAUCAGCAUCCUGGGCUUCGUGGGCUUUGUGGCAGGGACCUACCAGGCCCUUGAUGAGCUCUUAGCAUCAGGAGAGUCUCUGACCUUUUCCAACUCUACUUUUAUUCAGUGAAAAUGGCACUGGUCCUCACCACCAGCACCUCACCUGUAAUGGCAGGGAUCUCUUUAUAUGCCUUAUCUUUUUGACAUUGCUUUGCCUUUUCUCUGGGUCAAGUCAUGCUGAAACAAGCCAAGAUUCACCUGCUACAAGGUGUAAAUGGUAAUUUUAAAUUUUUUUUUGUUGUUAACGCCUUUUUCUUUUUUCAAUCUCUAGCUUUCCACUACAUAGAGAGCUAUCUCAUGGAAGGCUCUGGAUUCUACCCAAUUUUUUAGUAAUUCACCUGGUGAAUUUAAUACCUUGAGUGGGGUUAGACAACAGCAGGGGGCCCUAAAGGGCAGCAGUUGGCCGAAAGAGAUGCUGGCAGCUAAGGCUGACCAUGCUUUGGUAGACGAGAGGUUUCCCCUUUUCCCUAUCACUAAAGGGAGCAAAGACUAGGAGUGGGGACCUAAUCCACAACCCACGAAGGUGUGUGCAGCUCCAGCAUUGAGACUGGAUAGGCCCAAGAUGGCCAAUGUGAGUUGCAGCUCUUGGAUAGAAAGGAGCAGAUAAUGAAUUUACCAAACCACUAAAUAAAGCCUUGGCCCUGUUCAAAGAUACCAACAGUGAACAGGAGGAAGGGAAGUAGCUCUGUCAGUGGAGAGAGAGGUUUUGUGGAGGUAGAUAUGAACAUUAUGUGAAUAAACUAUCUCUUAAUUCUUGCAGCAAGCAUUCUUGAUUACCCUUGUAAUCAAGUGUAGUGCAAGUCUCUUAUAGAAUGUAAAAAUGGCCAUGAAUUCCUCUUGACAGUGCAACCUUGCAGCUUCUCCUGUUUGCAGGAGAAUGUCAUCUCUCCCAUCUUUGGAAUCUGGCCUUGACCUUGUAGCUUGCUUUGGCCAAUGGGACCAAAUGUGUUGCAAGUAGGGGUUUGACGAUAGCUUGUUUGGGGGCACUUGCAUUUUUUGCUGCUCUGUUGCCGUGAGACCACCAAGUGAAGAAGACUGAGAUAGUCCAAUGGAGGAGGAAAGACCAAGUGGCACAGAAAUGAAGCCUCCUGAGUCCUGUUCCCCACACCAGUCAGCCUGCCAACUUCCAGACAUGGGCAAAGCCAUCUGAGACCAUAUUUACCACGGUCAGGUUGAUCCAGACCAUAAGAAUCGUGCAGAUGAUCCCCAGAAUUGUGAGAAAUAAUAAAUG